AAAGAAGAAGCAGACCGCUGUGGUUGCUUUGCCUGGAGCCGCACCACAACACUACUGAGAGGACGGCUGCAGCGAAUUAACAUCAACAACCCCGGUCAGUUUUUACAUAGGAGGAGGAAGCGUGUGUCGUCUAAUGUGGAUGGCUAAAAUUUCUGUAGUGAUUGGCUAACGCGGCAGACAACACAUCUGGGGGACACGUUAAAGCUGCCUCUCCCAGUGUCCAGUCCUCCCUGUGGUCUCGUCAAGAUGUCAGCUUUCUCUGAGGCGGCUUUAGAAAAGAAACUGUCCGAGCUCAGCAACUCACAGCAAAGUGUGCAGACGUUGUCGCUGUGGCUCAUUCAUCAUAGAAAACACUCGAGGACCAUUGUAAAUGUUUGGAUCAACGAACUGAAAAAAGCUCAGGUGUCACGCAAGCUGACCUUCCUUUACUUGGCCAAUGACGUCAUUCAGAACAGCAAGAAGAAAGGACCAGAAUUCACUCAGGACUUUGCACCGGUCAUUGUUGAUGCAUUCAAACACGUAUACAGAGAUGGCGAGGAGGGCUGUAAGAAACAGCUGGGUCGGGUUUUGUCAAUCUGGCAGGAGAGAGCUGUGUACGAGAAUAACCUGCUAGAUCAGCUCUCACAAGUCCUGUAUGGAGAAAAGAAGGCAAAGAAGCGGUCGUAUGAGGAGAUCCGACCAGAUGUUGAGGACUUUGCUUCACAGAGCUCACCAGCCGAGCCCCCACAGACAGCGGAGUUAAUCCGGGCUCUGCAGGAGCUGGAAAAUGCAGCCUCUGGUGAUUCAGUGCUGCGUCAGCGCAUCUCCUCCCUUCCUGCAGAGGUGCAAGACACGUCACUGCUUCACAGGAUCACAGAUAAGGAAUCAGGGGAGCGGCUUUCUCGGCUGGUGGAGGAGGCCUGCAUGUUGCUAGCAGACUACAGUGGCCGCUUGGCAGCAGAGAUUGAUGAUAGGAGGCAGCUCACACGCACACUAACGGUCUUCCUCCAAAGCCAGAAGGACGGCCUGACCCAGAACGAGCAGAAACUCGAAGAAUACAAGCGCAAACUGGCGAGGGUGACCCAGGUCCGGAAGGAGCUACGUUCGCGUCUGAACAACCUUCCGGGAGGACUCUACAACUCUUCAAACUGACUCAAGUUCCUGACCUUCCUGCUACUGAAACAUCUCAUGUCUCUUAGAUAUCUGAUCAGUGACAUUGCCACGCUCUUCUUUAUUUUGGAAAGUGUCUGUGUGGUGACCUGUGGUUCUCAUCUGUCUUUAACAGAUUAUUUAUCCACAUGGCUUUUAUUAACAGAAAUGUCCUUUUUGUUUUUCCUGUCAGUGCGGUCAUCUCUUUGUGCUUUGUGUCAUCAGCACAGUGAACAAAUUAAGAUUCAUAUAACAGACACAGGCCCGUCAUGCUUUGGCUCCAUUUUAGUUUCACAGCUUUGAAGUGGCAUAGGUGAUGCUGGUGUGAUAUUUUUGUAUUUAUAGUGACUUAAGAUAAUACACCAGAAGAUAUCCCUUUAUCCUUCAUAAUAAUUUUCAGUGUUUUGGAUUGCCGUCAUAGAGGGGUGUGUAAGCCAUGGGUUAGUGAGUGUACAUUUUGAAUUUGCAUGUAAAUAUGAUGGGAGUCACACCUGUAAGUGCUUAUGAUUGUGAAAUGGUCAUUCAGAUAAAUUACCGAGGUAUCUCUGUACCCCGAUAUCUUCAUAGUCACUCAGACCUCCACUAUACUGAAAUAAGGAGUGAAAGUCCGUUGUCAUGUUUACUGUAUGCUUCAUAGUUUUAUCCUUGAGUCUACUGAACGCUGUGCAGGAGGAGCCCCAGUUUGCAAAGCCACACUUAAGCUGUUUGUUUUUGUACAUAUAAGGGAAAUUCUUCCUUGAACCAAAUAAACACAAAAUGAACUAA